AAGCGUCACGCAAGUCUUCACCGACGCCGUCCCCAAGCGCGACGACGCGGAAGAGCUGUCCGGGACGGGGCAGUCCGUGCUGUUCAACCCGCGCUUCGCCGCCGGGCAGGUCUUCUCCCCCGAGCUGUUCGGCACGAUGCUGGGGCGCAUGUUCUACAUGCCAGCGAUCAUAGAGCUUGUUGAGGCGCUGCUGAUGCCCCACCAGCGGCACCAGCAAGCCUUCCUGUGGCAGAUGCGCAUUCCUUCCCAUUACUGGUGCUUGAGCUUCGCCGACAUUUUCAAGGACAUGACCACUGGCGGCUGGGAUCGGCACGAGGACGGCGAGGACUCGCACAAGGACUCGUUCGAGCCCCUAACGCCCAAGACGCCCAAGACGCCCAAGACGCCCAAGACGCCUUCGCGGUUUGGGCGAGCCGCGACGGCCCCGUGUCGAUCACCCACGGACGCGUCGGCGGCCCCGUCCACGUUCAGCGUCCCCAGCGUCCCUGAGUCGGAGGAGGUGGGCCCCGUCGUGCCGCUGGCGAUCUACCGCAACCGCUCCCGGGACAACCACGGCGCAUGCCCGGAGCGGGCGGGCGGCACGGGAAGCGGCAGCUACAGCAUCCUGGCGCCGGCCCCCGAGCAGGGGGGAGGGACUGGCUCAUCGUCCUGGGCAGCCGGCAGUUCGGGGCCAAGAUCCACUCCAUGA